CUCCUGCUGCCUCCUCGGGGCGGCGCGGUGCCGGGCAUGGCGGGGCUGGAGCUGCUGUCGGAGCAGGGCUACCGCGUGGACGGGCGGCGCGCCGGGGAGCUGCGCCAGAUCCGCGCCCGCCUGGGCGUCUUCGCGCAGGCCGACGGCUCCGCGUACCUGGAGCAGGGCAACACCAAGGCGCUGGCCGUCGUCUACGGGCCCCACGAGAUGCGCGGCUCCCGCAGCAAAGCGCUGCCCGACCAGGCGCUGCUCAACUGCCAGUUCAGCCUGGCCACCUUCAGCACCGGCGAGCGCAAGCGGCGGCCCCACGGCGACCGGCAGGCGGGCGAGAUGAGCCUGCAGCUCAAGCAGACCUUCGACGCCGCCAUCCUCACGCAGCUCUACCCGCGCUCGCAGAUCGACAUCUACGUGCAGAUCCUGCAGGCGGACGGCGGGAACUACUGUGCCUCCGUGAACGCGGCCACCCUGGCGGUCAUUGACGCCGGCAUCCCCAUGCGGGACUACGUCUGCGCCAUCUCGGCCGGCUUCCUCGAGGACACGCCCCUGGCCGACCUGAACUACGUGGAGGAGGCGGCCGGCGGCCCCCAGAUGGCCCUGGCGCUGCUGCCCAAGUCGGAGCAGAUCGCGCUGCUGGAGAUGAACGCCCGGCUGCACGAGGACCACCUGGAGCGCAUCAUGGAAGCCGCCAGCAAGGCCUGCAAGGACGUCUACGCCGUGCUGGACCAGGUGGUGCGGGAGCAUCUGCGCGAGGUCACUGCUCUGCUGGGCAAGUGAGCCCCGUCCCGGCUGCACUGCGGUGGAAGUCGCCUCCUCCUCUGCCAUUCGCUCAGGUGGCCCCAGCUGGAUGCGGCCAAGAAUCUCCCCCUUCCUCCCUGAACUGAGCCGCUCUCUGUGGGAGAGGAAUGCGCAGCUAGGUGCAGGGGGUCUUGCAUUGCCUGCGGUGCUUUGCACUAAGCCUUUUUGUACAGGAUCGCUUCUUUUUUACAUGUCAGAGAAUUAAAUAUUCUUCCAAAGAAA